AAAAAAUUGGUUAGAAUGUGCUUUUUACUUAGGCAAUUUUUUCCUAAGAACAAAACCAAUACACGCAAAGCAAUUGUCUUUUUAAAAAAAUCAAUUUUAGCCUUAUCUAAGGUAAUUUUUGCCUUAGCUAUGGAGAAAAUUUUUUUUUUUAAAUAAAUAAUUGCUGUGCAUGUUUUGCUAUUGAACCUAGACAAAAUUACCUUCGUAAGAAGCACAUUUUGACUAUUAUGUUUUUCAGUGUUUUCAUUUUCUUUAAAUUAAAUUUUCUUGAAAAAUCUACAAUAUAUAUACUGUCUAGAAUAAUUUCUAGUACAACAGAUUUUUAAAAAGUUUUUUGUUUCAGUUUGACGACCUGCAUUUUCUAAGAAAAAAUUACUCAUUAAAGCCCACAAAAAAUGACCUACAAAAUAAGCCUAAAAUCAUUAAAAUGGCGUUAAUUAUUAUAAAAGUUAUUAAAAUGUUUGUGAAACAUUGAAAAUUACGAUUUUUUAAAAAAUAUUAAAACAAAAUAGUGACCAAAUGACUUCUGCAAGAUAUUUUCAAAAUCUUUUAUUUCAAAAAAUAAAAAGAAAAAAACUUUAAAUUUCAUAAAUUUUAUAUUUUAAAAAUAUACCAUUAUGGUUUAAUAUACCAUUAAGCUCAAAGGAGGUGAAGUUGUUUGUGAGAAACAUUUCCAUCCAGAAGAUAUUCUUCACGAAAGAUUAUUAUAUGGACCUGAUGGUGUUACAGUGAUGGGAAGGAGUACUUAUAAGAAACCGAUGCUUCGAAAAGGCGCUUUACCUGCAUUGUUAUUAGGUAAACCAGAAAAACCACAAAAAAGUCGAUUAAAGCGUUUCAGACUCGAAGACGAAAAUAUGAAUGACGAGGUAUCAACGAAAAGAGGAAAAAUGAACGAAGAUAACACUGAUAACCAAAAUAAUAAUCAAGAAAAGAGUCAUGAAAAUGUCAUUAUUGACAAUAAUCCUUCGGAUCCUUCUGAUGGUGAUGACUCACAAUCAGAAGAUUUAUUUAGUAAGAUUAUCAAUAGCAACAAUAGCUACAUUUGUUUGCCAAUAUCUUGGGGAAAAACUGUUUUUUAUUGGAAUGAGAAUAAGGAUAAACUUGUAAAUUUUCAUAAGUUGAUUGCCAGGAAAGACGAAAAUGGUGAAGUCGAGACUUUUAGUGAAAGAGAAUUUACUAUUGAUGACAAAUUGACAUUACACAUUAAAAUUAAUGGUGUAAAAAUUGACCACACAAGAUUUGGCAUUCAAAAUAAUGUCAUAACAUCAAUUGACAUGUUAAAGGACACCAUUAAAAUAAUUGAUGAAUGUAAAAUUUGCCAGGGUUGUCGAGAUAUAGCAAAAACACCUGAAAAUGGGCUUUUAUUAGAAAAUUUUACUUAUAUUGACAAAUUAAACAAUUUGAGACAUAGUCAAUGUUCUCUUCUAUUGACGGAUGAAAAAUAUCAAAAUAAUGCCUGUAAAUGUUGUAAAUCUGUCAAACAUUUACUGCAUAAAAAAAUUAUUAGAAGACAACAUUGCAAAAAUACAAAAUACUUGAAUUUAAAAAAUUUAAGUCCGAAAAGGAAAGAACAAGUUUUGAAGCUUAAAAGACUAAAAGCAUCCGAAGGUAAGGCAAAGAAGAGAGCACAGGACUCAAAUCGUUCGUUAAAAAAAAUUGUUCAAAAAUGUCAAAUUAAAAUGAACAAUAUGUCUGCAAAUUCCCUCGAAACUUUAAUGAAUAAUAAAAAAUUAAGCCCGAACGAAAAAACAACUCUCCAAGAAAUUCUCAAAGCUUCAAAGACCAAAAAUGCAAAAGGCAGAAGAUACUCUGAUGGUUGGAUUAUUUUAUGCCUCCUUAUGCAAACUAAAUCACCAGCUACAUAUAGGAUGAUCAGGGAUCUUAAAAUUUUACCUCUUCCCCAUGAGCGAACAAUUCGAAAGUAUUUAUUAUUCUAACAU